AUGUCUAUCAUAGGAUAUUCAGAUCUUUGCAUAGGCACAGAAGUGACCUUCACCACUCCCUCCCCUCAGAAGUGGAUCCUUGAGGAGAAGCUCACGGAGGAUUUCCAAAGACUCACCAAACGUGACCUUGAGUUGGGUGGUGGGCCUUGCUUUGCCGUGUUCAAGUACCUCUGCUACAGUGCGACAGACAGUAGCAAGAAGGCAUUCAUGAGAAUUUACUUCCAAAUUCCCAACCCCGGAACAGAGUACCAGCUCCCCCAGCUUCGACAACAACAGGCAGCUCCACCCCGUGAGCAUUUAGAGCUACAAGCUUUGAAGGAUCUCAGUCAACAACACUGUACUGUAGUCCCAGCUCUCCUCGCGUACAAAGAAGGAAAGCAAGGCAACGACGGCAUGGUUCCAGAUGGGUACAUAACACAUAUUGUGUGGGAAAUGACCAACGGGAAGCCACUUGAUACGGAUCAGUUCUGGAGGCCUGAAUCGGCGCAGUUACGCGAGGCGGUCCGUACGAAGUUCCGCCAUAUCUGGGAAGAGCUGAAGCAUCAUGGAUGGCAGCCAGGGCUCCCUCUUUUGCGGAAUAUCAUCUAUGACGAGUUAACCGGGGAUAUGCACAUUGCAGGUUUCCGAGACGCCGCCCGCUUCGAUCCUGACGAAAAGUUUUCCGACAUGACCUUUGUUGACUGGCGUUUAACUAGGCCACCAGAAAGUCCGGUUGGGAGAAAGACCCUACCAAGUGGGCCUGAUGAGAUAGCCUGGCAUCUCACCCCCGAGCACGAAGUAUCGAAAGCCUUACGAUCAACAAGAUGCAACGGCAUCAUCAAAGGCAUCCAAACAUACUUGCGUAAUGUCGAGACAGUCGGACAGGCCAGAACCGCCAUCCAUAUACCCACAAGAAGCGACUUCCAAACAACCCUGAAAGUGUUGGAUUACCUCCAGAAACAAAAGCGGGUGUCGCAGCCAUCGACAGAUCCUCUCGAAGAUGUAAUCCAUACUGUCCGAGCACAACUCUCAAUGGACAGCUCUUAUCGCGCUGCGCAACACAAUCUAUUUCAAAAAGACAAGGACCGCAAUGCCGAGACCAAAAAAAGAUGCUAUAUUUGUCGCUAUCUCUUUGAUCGCUCUGAUGCCAAUGAACUUUACCCUUCCCUAUGUCGCCAAUGCGGCAUGUUCAACACAAGCUGCUCGCAGCUAUCACUACCCGAAAAGCUAGACCUCGCUGGCAAAACAGCCCUCGUCACUGGAGGAAGAAUUAAUCUCGGCUACGCAACCGCCUUAAGACUUCUACGCUGUGGCGCCAAAGUCAUCGUCUCAUCUCGGUAUCCAGCCGACGCAGCCACACGGUACGCAGCCCAAGAUGAUUUCCUGCAAUGGAGAACUAGAUUAAAGGUCGUCGGUGCGGAUUUCAGAACUGCAAAUGAUGCUUUCCGUCUUGUGCAUAUUGUGAGAACAUUGCUAUCCAAUUGGAACGGCGAAACAGUACCAGAUACCCGCCAAUAUCUCGAUAUUCUGAUCAAUAACGCCGCACAAACAUUGACGGAUCCUAUCAAAGCAGAGAUGAAAGCAAUUUCCAGAGAAGAAGAUCUGAAAGAAAAGCCCGAGACGAAGCUUUUACUCGCCGGUCUGAAUAAUGGAUACCAACCACGUGUCCGCGGCGGACUCCCUGCAUCCUGGAUACCUAGUAUCGAGGGCCAAACCCAAAACCAGAUUGAAGACGGUACAAAGAACGAUCUAUGCAAAGAUCACGUCCAAAAAGGCCUCCGUGCAGAAGCAGAUCCCUCAAAGUCAUCCUGGGUCCAGAGUCUAAAUGAAAUACCCUACGAAGACCUAAUAAGCGCCCAUUCAGUCAAUGCCUUCGUCCCACUGAUUCUAUGUCGCGAACUCCUGCCUUACAUGGGUUCUUCGAAACCAAGUUCCAAGCCGGCGGGAUAUAUCGUGAAUGUUUCAUCGAGGGAGGGAAUUCUCGAAGAUGUGCCUGGGUCACGGAGUAAGGCUGGUCAUCAUGUUCAUACCAAUAUGUCCAAGGCUGCUAUUAAUAUGAUUACGGAGACGGAGGCGCAGGUUGCGUGGAAGAGGCGGGUUGCUAUGAAUUCUGUGGAUCCGGGGUAUAUGAGUGCUGCGCCGGAGUGUCAGCGGGAGGAGGGGUGUCCUAUUGGGUUUGAGGAUGGUGCUGCGAGGGUGCUUUGGCCUAUUGCUGUUGGGGAGAUUGAGGGGAGGGUUAUAAGUGGGCGGUUUUUGAAACAUUUUCAGGAGGGGAUUGCGGUUACACAGAGGGGAUAG